GGCAGCGGCCGCACCAGCCAUGUUGGCCCCGAAGGAUUCUGCGCAGAGGCCGGGGGCGGGGCGGCGCCAGCCCUGAGUACCGCGCCGUGGCGGCUCCAGCUCGGUGGAGAGGACUGAUUUUGCGAGGCGGUAGCUGCUACAGGCGCAGGUUUCGCCGCGGGUACUGUGAAAUAAGAAUCAGGCUCUACAAUGACAACCUAUUUGGAAUUCAUCCAACAAAAUGAAGAACGAGAUGGAGUCCGAUUUAGUUGGAAUGUUUGGCCAUCAAGUCGACUAGAAGCUACAAGGAUGGUUGUUCCAGUAGCAGCCCUAUUUACACCACUUAAGGAGAGACCUGAUUUACCACCUAUUCAAUAUGAACCUGUUCUGUGUAGUAGGACCACUUGUCGUGCAGUUUUGAAUCCUUUAUGUCAAGUGGAUUAUCGUGCAAAACUCUGGGCUUGCAACUUUUGUUAUCAAAGGAAUCAGUUUCCACCUACUUAUGCUGGUAUAUCUGAACUGAAUCAACCUGCUGAACUUUUACCUCAGUUUUCUAGUAUUGAAUAUGUGGUUCUGCGUGGUCCUCAGAUGCCUUUGAUAUUUCUCUAUGUGGUUGAUACUUGCAUGGAAGAUGAAGAUUUGCAAGCCCUGAAAGAAUCUAUGCAGAUGUCAUUAAGUCUUUUACCACCUACAGCUUUGGUGGGCCUUAUUACUUUUGGGAGAAUGGUGCAGGUUCAUGAACUUGGAUGUGAGGGCAUUUCAAAAAGCUAUGUCUUCAGAGGAACAAAAGAUCUGUCUGCCAAACAGCUACAAGAAAUGCUGGGGCUCUCUAAAGUACCUGUUACUCAAGCAACACGUGGUCCUCAGGUACAGCAGCCACCUCCUUCCAAUAGAUUCUUGCAGCCAGUACAGAAAAUAGACAUGAAUCUCACAGAUCUGCUGGGAGAACUGCAGCGAGACCCUUGGCCUGUACCACAGGGAAAGAGACCUUUGCGUUCCUCUGGGGUGGCACUUUCUAUAGCUGUAGGACUACUUGAGUGUACUUUUCCCAACACUGGUGCUCGUAUCAUGAUGUUCAUUGGCGGUCCAGCCACCCAGGGGCCUGGAAUGGUGGUUGGAGAUGAAUUGAAGACACCUAUAAGAUCAUGGCAUGACAUUGAAAAAGACAAUGCCAAAUAUGUUAAAAAGGGAACUAAGCAUUUUGAAGCAUUGGCAAAUCGAGCUGCUACAACUGGUCAUGUUAUUGACAUCUAUGCAUGUGCGUUAGAUCAGACGGGUCUCCUGGAGAUGAAGUGCUGUCCCAACCUUACUGGAGGAUACAUGGUAAUGGGUGACUCUUUCAACACUUCCUUAUUCAAGCAGACUUUUCAAAGAGUCUUUACCAAAGAUAUGCAUGGGCAGUUUAAAAUGGGCUUUGGUGGUACAUUAGAAAUAAAGACCUCAAGGGAAAUAAAGAUUUCAGGGGCUAUUGGACCCUGUGUGUCUCUCAAUUCUAAAGGACCCUGUGUGUCUGAAAAUGAGAUAGGAACAGGUGGCACUUGUCAGUGGAAGAUAUGUGGACUCAGUCCCACUACAACCUUAGCCAUAUAUUUUGAGGUUGUCAAUCAGCAUAAUGCUCCAAUUCCUCAAGGAGGGCGUGGUGCAAUUCAGUUUGUGACUCAGUAUCAGCAUUCAAGUGGGCAGAGACGCAUCCGAGUGACCACUAUUGCUAGGAACUGGGCAGAUGCUCAAACUCAAAUCCAAAACAUCGCUGCAUCUUUUGACCAGGAGGCAGCUGCCAUUCUUAUGGCCCGGCUGGCAAUAUAUAGAGCAGAAACAGAGGAAGGGCCAGAUGUUCUUAGAUGGCUAGACAGACAGCUCAUUCGGCUGUGUCAGAAAUUUGGAGAGUAUCACAAAGAUGAUCCAAGUUCCUUCAGAUUUUCAGAAACUUUCUCCCUUUAUCCACAGUUUAUGUUUCAUUUAAGAAGAUCACCUUUCUUGCAAGUUUUUAACAAUAGUCCUGAUGAGAGUUCAUAUUAUCGUCACCAUUUUAUGCGUCAAGAUUUGACCCAGUCUCUAAUCAUGAUUCAGCCUAUUCUGUAUGCGUAUUCUUUUAGUGGACCACCAGAGCCGGUGCUUCUCGACAGCAGCAGCAUUCUUGCAGAUCGUAUUCUUCUCAUGGACACAUUCUUCCAGAUUUUGAUUUAUCAUGGUGAGACCAUAGCACAGUGGCGCAAGUCAGGAUAUCAGGACAUGCCAGAAUAUGAAAAUUUCCGCCACCUUCUGCAAGCCCCAGUGGAUGACGCACAGGAGAUUCUCCACUCCAGAUUUCCAAUGCCAAGAUACAUCGACACAGAACAUGGGGGCAGCCAGGCCCGUUUCCUGCUUUCAAAAGUCAACCCUUCACAGACUCAUAAUAAUAUGUAUGCCUGGGGACAGGAGUCUGGAGCACCUAUUCUCACAGACGAUGUUAGUUUACAAGUGUUUAUGGAUCACUUGAAGAAACUUGCUGUGUCAAGUGCUGCUUGAAGUGCUAAACACAUUAAGGACACUUAAGAUGAAAUCAUAUUUCAGUUUCAUUUUUUUGCCUUUUAUUCUUCUGUGGAAACUAUCAGAGAUAGCUCUCUAGACUCUUUUUAUAUUAGUAUGGUUUGAGACAACAUGUGGAAAAAUGUUCACAUUUGUUGAUUAAUAAGCUGGAAUGUAAGAGCAAUAAGAACAAAUUUGUUUUGCUUUCCACAGUAUUAUAACUCAUUUUAGAAAUCUGACAUCUUUAUAACUUAAUUAUGUUAAAGAGUAAAGACAGUCUGCCUUGUACUACAGAGACACGCCUCAUUUGUAUAUUGCAGGCAAAUCUAAAGUGGCACUGAAUGUCCUUGCUGACUUCUUGAAAACUUGUUUUUUAAUUUUAACCAGAAAGUGAACAAAGUCCUUAGUAGUAAUGAUAGAUAUGAACAUUUUUGCCUAUUCUUUGAAUAUUUUUCUGUGUUAUCAGCACUAAUAUACACACUUUUUCUGUUAAGGCAGAUUUAUUUUUAUAAUGAUUUGUUUAGGAAUUAUUUGACUUUAUGUAUGGUAAUUUUAAUGAAGAUAUUUAAUGUUUUUGGUCAUUUGGAAAAAUAGAGAGGAAAAGUUUUUUUUGGGGGGGGGUAACAAUCCCACAUCUGACAAUAAAUGUGAAAUUCCCACAAAGUAACCAACCUAUGUGAUUAAACAUGAUCAUUUUUUUAAAAAGGGAGAUAAACAGUGAAGGAUUUGUCAGAGUGCAUUUUAGAAAGCCUUUGCAGUAAAGUGACCGGUAACUACUAGACCAGGUUUGGUUUUCACUGAAUGUUUUUGUUGUUUCCCUGUGAUUUUCUGAGGUAAAUUUUAUAUUAUAUCCUUUAGUAUUUUAACAAACUGUUUUGGGAGCUUACGCAUUACUGUUUUGUUUUGUUUUUGCUUCUAUUUUGUGAAAUUUAUUGUGGUUCUUAUUGAAACAGUAUUAUAUAUAUAUUUUUUGAAUUGUAUCAUGUGAUGUUCAGUUCCAUUUUGAUUUAUUCAUUAGUAUCAUUCACUUUUACUUUUUAAAGUUUACUUGUAGCAGAUGUUUACAUUGCUAAAGCCAGAUGUUUGACAAUGAAAUUUACAUCAAGUACUGCAAAUAAAAGGUGGUGCUAUGAUAUGUGCUUAGAAGGAUAGUUUGGUGAUUGUACUUGCAUGAACACAAUCAUGAUGGUAAAACAGAAACUAAAAAAAUUGUUUAUAUAUUAUAUUCAAUUAUAUUAAAUAAAUUGCUGUUUCAUUUUAUUUGAAUUGAACUAGGCCUAAGUACCAAUAAAAUAUACUUUCUCUGUU